AUGUUCAAAUUUUCUUUUCGAAGGUACGAUUCGUCUCUGAAAUCGGUGAAGGAGCUUAACCAAUCCCUUGGAUUCGAAUUGCGGGGUGUUCGUGAAUCGAAGAAGGAGAUGAUAGGUGGAAGGAUGGGUUCCUACUAUAAGGAGCAUAGAAUUCUUCCCCACUUCCAGAACUCAGCUUGCUGUAUAUCUAUUCAAUAUAACUUUGCAAUGAGGCUUGGUGGCUUACGGGAUAAGGAUGGUUUUAUGUUAUCUACUUUCAACUCCAUCAGCUUUUUGUUUGAAACUAUACAAUCAAAUGAUUCUGUGUACUUAGUGGACAAUUGCCCCCAUGAUGACUCUUCCUCGGAUGCUCUGUUGUGGUCAGGAACGUUACCAUCGCCUGGCUCCCAUGUAUUACAGCGGUGCAACUGCAGCUGUUGGUCUAUGAUAUCACAAGCAUGGAGUCAUUUGUUUUUAGCGAGCUAAGAAGUGGGUUUUUGAAUUGCAAAGACAAGGCCGAGUUGGAAGAGAAGAGAAAAGUAGGGACUGAGAAAAGUAGUCCUCACUUAGGAAGCAGAGAUCUAUCAGGGCAGAAAUGGUUAGGAAGUAGAGACGAUACGUAGUCUGCAGAAGGGAAGCAGAAAACAAGUAGUGAAGUCUUUGACCAUUG